AUGGCUGUGCCCCUGGAUAGUGCGAUGCAGAACUUGAAUCAGGGCUCCGUGUUUCACGAGUAUGACACUGACCGUGAAGUCUCCCGCCAGCGCUUCAGACAGUUCCAGUAUAAAGAAGCAGCUGGGCCACGUGAUGCUUUCAAGAAACUCUGGGAACUUUGCCGACAGUGGCUGAAGCCAAAUUUAGGUUGUCUGGAACAAAUCUUGGAAGUGCUAGUGUUGGAGCAACUCAUGCAGAUUCUGCCCAUAGAGAUACAGAACUCCAUGAGGCCGUUUAGCAUGAAAAAUAGGGAAGCCGUUUUGGCACUGAUGGAAUUCUUACAGACACAAACUGACGUAUCAGAGCAGCAGGUGGAUAGGCAGGAAGUGCUCUUGGAAGAACUGGCACCGGUGGGAACGGCGCACAUACCACCAAACAUCCACCUGGAGUCACCCCCAGUCCAAGUGAUGGGACCUGCUCCAGAGGCGCCAGUGGCAGAGGCGUGCAUCACACAGGGAGGGCCGCAGGAGCUGAGCUAUGAUGCUGCUGGGGAAUGCCAGCCCUUUCUGGACCCAGGAUACUCAUGGCCGAACCUGGACCUGAGGCUCCCCGAAGGGCAUCAAGAAGAGCCGUGGGAGAUGGAAUUCCACGACCCCAAGGAAGGGAUGCCAGGGGUCCACGGCUCCGUGACAGAUGGAAAUGGGCCCAAUUCAUGCAAACACUCAGAAGAGCUGAAAAGUCCGUUGGGAACUCCCGCAGAGCAGCUGCCCUGGGAUAGCGCAGUGCCUGUGCAUGAUGAGAGCGCCUCUCUAGGAGAGGCAGCUGAAAGCUCCAGCAGGGAAGGGCCCCUCAGCCCCAGAUCCCAGAAGCAGGAAAGUCCCGGAGACCUCAUGAGGCAUCAUCAGGGUCACACAGAGGAGAUGCCUUUUGAAUGCAGUGUGUGUAAGACGCGAUUCAGGCAACGGUCAUACCUUGCAUUACACCUUAAAACUUAUUCUGGACAAGAAAGACACCAAUGUCAUGAGUGUAGCAUGAUUUUCUGUAGUAGAGUAAGUUUUAUAAGACACCUUGGAAUCCACACAGGUGGAAAACCCCAUAUAUGUCAAAGUUGUGGUAAAUGUUUUCGUCGACACCCAGAUCUUACUAUGCACCAGAUAACACACACUGAUGAGAGACCAUUCAUGUGCGAGUAUUGUGGGAAAAGCUAUAGGCAGAAAUCAAGCCUUCGGUUUCAUUUAAGAAACCACACAGGGAAGAAGCCAUAG